AUGAGCGUAAAUGGAAAAGAACCUCCCCCCUACAACAUACCAGUUGAAGGACAGGGUGAUAAUGGGGUGAAGGUAUAUCAUGUCCAUACCCCCUUCAACCCUCCUUCCUCCACCAUCCCCUCCAAUAACUACUCUGUGUCUCAGUCUCAGGGCAAACCAGUGUACACCAGUGGAGGAGGUGGUAUUGGAGGUGGUGAAACCCCUACUCAGAGGUUUGUGAGUUAUGACGCAGAACUGGGCCGUUCAGAGGGCAUGACCACCUGUACUUCCUGUCAACAACAGGUGAUGACGAACGUCACCUAUAAAGUCGGAGCCUUCGCCUGGCUAUCGUGCAUCCUCUUCAUCCUCUGUGGGUUGGUAGUGGGCUGCUGUCUGAUCCCGUUCUUCUUGAAACACUUUAAGGAUGUGUACCACUCCUGUCCUCGCUGUAACCGCAUUAUCCACGUGGAAAAGCCACGCUGCUGCUACCGCCAUACCACCACCCGCCACUAG